CGUUACGAUAUGAAUGGAAGAAGUGUGACAACAUGGGGAACUACCAUUAUCAGAACACCAUUUCUGGGUGUAAUGAUAGUGAAACUAGUACUGGGAUAUAUGUAUAUAUCUCUUCUUUUCCAGAGGCUAGUCUCCUCAGAAGCAUAAUGUCAUGGCUUGACCCGGGACAGCGAUUGUGGGACCAUCUUGUGAGCAGAAUAGUGUACUUACAAAGACUAGGAAGAAAAUCUAUCUGUUAUGACGCGCUGGGCUGUUUCCACGUGCGGGGACUCCUGUCCCACUUGCGCCGAGUGCCGGACCAUCCCCGCAAACUUCAGACCGGCCUAUGGAUCUGUACGAGAGCCAAUCCAGACCCUCUGAACGCGACAACACAGCUCAUCACCUUUGACAAGAACUCACUAGAAGAUUCUGUCUUCGAUCCUGGACUACCAGUCAAAAUAAUUGUUCAUGGAUACGGGGGCCAAUACAAGUCACCCAAUGUCAUAGCUGCCAAGAAUGCCAUUCUGCAAGCGGACAACGCGAAUGUGGUCCUGGUGAACUGGCAGAGGGCAGCCAAGGGUCAGUACUCGAGGGCUGUGUCUAACGCCGAACUUGUUGGUCGCCAAGUAGGCAAGACGCUCGUUGCCAUGGUGACUAUGGGCACAAACGCGUCCGAUAUUCACGUCAUUGGCUUCAGCCUUGGUGCGCAGGUUGCAGGCUUCAUUGGAGAAACGCUCAAGAGUUACGGGCUAAAACUCGGUAGGAUUACAGGUCUUGACCCGGCGUCGUUCUUGUUCGAGUCGUGGACUCUGCCCGCGUAUCGAAGGCUGGACCAUUCGGACGCCAAGUAUGUGGAAGUGAUACACACGGACGGUAGCCGCAUCUGGUCGGACGGCUUCGGACUUCUUUCUCCUGUCGGACACGUGGACUACUUUCCCAACGGUGGAGUCGAUCAGCCUGGAUGCCGCGACACCUACGUCGGCGCUCUGGCCUUCAGGAUAAAUAAUAACGCUAACUCUAGUGGAGUGUGCAGCCAUGGAAGAUCCUGGGGGAUAUUCCUGGAGAUGCUUACAUCCAAGCAUUGCCAAUUCUUAGGGUUCUCAUGCCCAGGACUUCGCGACUUCCAGCGGGACUUCCUACAUGGGAACUGUUUUCGGUCAUGUGACGAGGAUACCUCAGCCUGUGGGGUCAUGGGGCAAGUGGGCAGGGCUCGAGGCUCUCUGUACUUGGUUACAAGACCUACCAGUCCAUACUGUGGCCAGCAGCUGAGGGCUUCAGUGUGGAUCUCUCCCAUGACUCUGCUAACUCGAGGAGUUCUUCAGAUGAAAUUACACCACGGGGCCACCGCUACAGACUUCUCACUCAACCUAUCCUCGCUGGGAGUUAUAGAGGGCGGCCGAGAGAUGUCGGUAGUGGCCGCAGCAAAGCCCGGAAGCGUGAGUGUGGAGAACAACCUUAACCUGACGGCUACAAUAACAUUCACCCCCUCACGAGGGAUGAUGCGUAUUGGUGGGCAGCAGCAUAUCUUCUUGGACCGCAUUUCGCUCAUGGAUCACCAUGGGAACAGUUGGCAACACUGCGGAGAAAACCUGCUGUUAGAAGACAAAAUUGGGACGUCAUCAGAUAGCAUUACGCUUCAAUUAACACAGACACCAUGUUUGUAGAUAGAUAUAUUCCUUGUUUUAUAAAAAAGUUACUAAGAUUAAACAGGAGUACACAACCAGAUCUAUGCCUUCAGUGUACUGAAAGAGAUAAAGUAACCAUUCUUA